AUGAGGGAUCCCACUACCGAUAUGGAACAAAACUCGCAACAAACUAGCAAUGGGCCAACUGCCUCGCGUCGCAACCCGCACAAAUCGGCACGCGUCGCGUUUGGUCCUGACCUAGAGACUACUAUUCCCACCCGCGAAAUAUCUCCAGCCCCGAUAAGUGGCCACCAGCGUUCACUCACAACCGUUGACCAGAAGCCCAAUUUAGCACCACCCGGUCGCCCAACUAGCUCGUCGGGCGACACAGCUGUCAUCGGGGAGCUCCCAUCUGGCCGUCCAUCGCUUCGGAGAUCGGAGAGUAGCCGACCGGCUACGCUGAAGAGAGCCAAGAGUGACUAUGGACCGAGUCGGAUAACAUUUGAUAAAGUGGCGGGUGACGAUGACGAAGAUUUCGCUAUGCGACAUGGAUGGCAAGAGGAAUAUACUUCCAGCGAAUAUCUCAAGAUCUUACAUUCCAACUUCUAUAUGUAUUUCACCGAAAAACGUCAUGAAAGUAACGGCAUUCCGAGGGAUCCAGUCGGAAGUUGGCCUAGUCAGGACUGGCGCAUGAAAGAUCGCCUGAAAACUGUGUCUGCGGCUUUAGCUAUCUGUCUGAACAUCGGAGUCGAUCCUCCCGACGUUGUCAAGACGAACCCAACAUCGAAGCUAGAGUGCUGGGUCGACCCUACUUCAACCACUGGUGGUGGUCAAAACAAAAUAAUGGAGCAGAUCGGCAAAAAGCUCCAGGAGCAAUAUGAAACCCUGAGUUUACGGACAAGGUACAAACAAUAUCUGGAUCCAUCCGUUGACGAGACCAAGAAGUUCUGCAUCUCACUUCGUCGAAACGCCAAGGACGAGCGAGUACUUCUGCAUUACAAUGGACAUGGAGUUCCGUUGCCAACUCAAUCGGGUGAGAUUUGGGUCUUCAACAAGAAUUACACCCAGUAUAUCCCUGUCCCACUCUAUGACUUGCAGUCUUGGUUAGCCGGGCCUAGUCUUUUCGUCUUUGAUGUCUCACAUGCAGGCAAUAUUGUCCAGAAUUUUCACACGUUUGUGGAGAAGCAUGAGAAAGAAAAUAUCGAAGCUAAGAAACGAGACCCAAAUGCCGUCGUCCAAAACUACGGUGACUGCAUCUUGCUCGCCGCAUGCCAGAAGACGGAGUCCCUACCCACUAAUCCCGAUUUGCCUGCAGACUUAUUCAGCUGCUGCUUGACAACACCGAUUGAAAUCGCACUACGAUUUUUUAUCUUGCAGAAUCCACUACGCACAAACAUCUCUAUUGACGACUUCCGAGUCCCGGGUCGACUUCAAGAUCGUCGAAGCCCUCUUGGAGAACUGAAUUGGAUCUUCACCGCCAUCACCGAUACAAUUGCGUGGAACACCUUGCCUCGGUCUUUGUUCAAGAAGCUCUUCCGGCAAGAUUUGAUGGUCGCUGCUCUAUUCCGCAACUUCUUGCUCAGCGAACGCAUCAUGCGCACAUACAAAUGCCAUCCCAUCUCUUCGCCGGAAUUACCGGACACGCAUCAUCACCCUCUAUGGAAGAGUUGGGAUCUUGCAGUUGAGAUGGUGUUAUCUCAACUACCUGCGCUCAUUGACCAGGAAGAAGGGCGUCGGCAGUACGAGUACCAGCACUCAACAUUCUUUGCCGAGCAACUCACAGCUUUUGAGGUCUAUCUCUCAUCCGGUCCUACGGAGAAGAACCCGCCGGACCAGCUUCCUAUUGUUCUGCAAGUCCUUCUGAGUCAAGCACACCGUUUGCGGGCCUUAAUCCUCUUGAGCAAAUUCUUGGAUCUCGGGCCGUGGGCUGUGCACCUUGCACUAAGCAUUGGCAUCUUUCCCUAUGUCGUCAAGCUGCUGCAAUCAGCAGCUCAGGAAUUGAAACCCGUGAUGGUCUUCAUCUGGGCAAGGAUCAUGGCAGUUGAUCACACUGUACAGAACGAUCUGCUCAAAGACAAUGGUAUUCAUUACUUCAUCUCAAUUCUGAAUCCCUCAUCGCCCAUACCUGUGGGAAAUGCCAGCGAACACCGUGCUAUGUGUGCCUUCAUAGUCUCGAUAUUCUGCAAGAACUACCCUCAGGGCCAGAAUGUCUGCCUCUCUGGCGAAUUGUUCGACUCAUGUCUCAGACAUCUUAAUGAUGUGGAAAAUCCAUUGCUGCGGCAGUGGUCCUGUCUGUGCCUUAGUAUGCUCUGGUGCGAUUUCCCUGAAGCGAAAUGGAUGGGAAUUCGGUGUGCAGCCCCCGCCAGACUCUGCGAAUUGAACUUCGAUCCAGUGCCCGAAGUUCGUGCAGCCAUGUUGCACGCUGUGACUACCUUCUUGGGUAUUCCGGACCUGACAGACCAGGUGGCACAAAUAGAGGAGACUCUAGCCUUGGCAGUCUUGCCCAUGUCUGCCGAUGGUAGUGUGAUUGUGAGGAAGGAGCUGCUGGUAUUCUUCUCAACAUUUGUCAAACGCCACCAAAACAAAUUUUUGGUUGCAGCAUUCGAGGAACUACAGGAAGAAAACCAGUCGAUCCGUCACCGUUUAGAGAGUGAAACCUCAACCACUCGAUAUGGGGCACAACCCUCUCCGAAGCCGCCCCAGCUAUCUCGCAACACCACUUUCGGGGCUAUCUGGAAGCAGCUGUUGGCUAUGUCGGUUGAUCCUCAUCCUGAUAUUGCCCAGGAUGCAGAGGUUAUCGUUGAUUACAUCCACCUAGCCCUGCUGGAGUCUCCAAUGGCAGCACUCACCAACCAGAUUCAGAACGAGGUUCUGGAAACCACAGGCUUGUGGAAAUCUCAACCCCGCGAGCGAGCUGAAACAAAGAAGACUGCGCCUCCGACAACACCCCCCGUGGCUGGAACCGCAGCCGCGAAGCAAGAAGGCUAUCUUUCAUUGGGUUUCAGGCGGACUGCCAGCGUCGCUGCUUCCCUCAAGAAUCUUGCCUUUGGCGGUUCAGCAACAGACGCUUCCUCUGGCAACCCGAAUGGCAGCGCACUUUCAGUCGGUCGUAUGCCAAUCACCCCACGCGGCCGGGCCCCUGCUGAAUGGACCCGACCUCCGGAAGUAAAUGAUCAUGUUGUUCCCGCCACGGCGUACCACCAGGCUCCUAUUCCCAUGUCACGGGGUUUUGAGCCCAAAGCCCUGAAUGUCGCGCCAACCAUUCCCUUGAAGAGCAGGUUCCUAGACUGGUCUACUGAGUAUUUCCGGGAGCCUCAGAUGAAACCCAACGAGCCAGAUGAGCCCGGUAGCUCAGACUAUAACCAGCGCUUAUGGAGGCGCGGACGGAAUGAGAAGAUCAUCGCGGAAACCCAACCUCUCAAAGGGAAGGCUGGAGCGAGCCGGUGGGAUAAUUCUGUGGCCUUGUUAUCGAAUGGUAGCCAGCCCCACAAGAUGUGCUUCCACCAAUUCGAGGACCACAUUGCCGUCGCUGAUGACCGUGAUACAAUUUCUAUUUGGGACUGGCAAAGUCACAAACGCCUAAAUCAGUUCUCAAAUGGCAACCCGGCUGGGUCAAAGAUCAAUGAAGUCCGGUAUAUCAACGAGGAUGACCAGGCACUCCUCAUGACUGGGUCUUCUGAUGGUGUGAUAAAACUUUUCCGCCACUAUGAGACCAACAAGAGCAUCGAAAUUGUCACAGCUUUCAGAGCUCUUCCGGAGCUGAUUCCAAGCAACCGGAAUGCAGGGCUUGUGCUUGAUUGGCAGCAAGGCCAGGGCAAAGCUCUGGUUGCAGGCGAUGUGAAGGUAAUUCGUGUCUGGAAUGCCGCCACUGAAGUGUGCACGAACGAUAUCCCAGCACGAUCUGGCUCUUGCAUCACAUCCCUGACAUCGGACCAAGUAGCGGGCAAUAUCUUCGUCGCCGGUUUCGGUGACGGAGCGGUCCGAGUCUUCGACCAACGCUUGAAGCCAACCACAUCCAUGGUCAAAGUCUGGCGCGAGCAUAAGCAAUGGAUUACGAAUGUCCAUAUGCAACGAGGUGGUUUACGAGAACUGAUAUCGGGUGGCCGUAACGGCGAGGUCCGACUCUGGGAUCUUCGCAUGGAUAACCCAGUUUCCACCAUCUAUGCCACCAAAGACACCCUGCGAACCUUGAGUGUUCAUGAGCACGCUCCAGUGUUCAGCGUGGGUACAAACCGCCACGAAGUCAAGACUUUCAACGUCGAUGGCACCUAUCUUUCUACCUUCGAGCCCUACUCGAGCUUCCUUCACCACAACCGAUCCUCACCCAUUGCCACCACUGCCUUCCAUCCUCAUCGGACCGUGCUUGCUUGUGCCGCCCUCAACGACCAUCAUGUGAACCUCGUAUCCUGCUAA